UGUGUCUGCGGCAGCCCCGGGGCGCUGCUCGGCCGCUUAAAGCAGCGGAGCCGCCGGCCGGGAGGGGCUUUCGGAGCAGUGGCGGCCGCACAGCGAGGGGAAGGCAUGGAGGGCAAGGAGCUGGCGGCGGGCUCCGUGGGGGAUGAGGGCUCCAAGGAUGCGCUGGGCAAGCCGCUGGGUCCCACGCCGAGCCAGAGCCGCUUCCAGGUGGACCUGGUUGCCGAGGGGCCCCGCAAGUCGUGCGGGGACAUCGGCGCGGCGGGUAAGGGAGGCGAGGAAGCCAAGGGCAGGUUUCGGGUGAACUUCGUGGACCCGUCGGCCGGCGGCGAGAGCCCCGGCGAGCCCGGGGGAGGCAGCUCUGAGGGCGGCAAUGUGAGCGGCGUCCAGAACGGCGGCGACACGGUGAUGAGCGAGGGCAGCCUGCACUCGGGCGGGCACCACCACUACUACUAUGACACCCAUACCAAUACCUACUACCUGCGCACCUUCGGCCACAACACCAUGGACGCCGUGCCCCGCAUCGACCACUACCGGCACACGGCCGCUGACCUGGGCGAGAAGCUGCUCCGGCCCAGCCUGGCCGAGCUGCACGAUGAGCUGGACAAGGAGCCCUUUGAGGAUGGCUAUGCAAAUGGUGAGGAAGGGACACCAGCUGGGGAUGCAGCUGCUGCUUACACACCUGACAGCAAAGGGGUGGUCAAGUUUGGCUGGAUAAAAGGUGUGCUGGUACGAUGUAUGUUGAAUAUUUGGGGUGUGAUGCUCUUCAUCAGACUAUCAUGGAUUGUAGGACAAGCUGGGAUAGGUCUUUCUGUCUUGGUUAUUGGAAUGGCCACUGUUGUGACAACGAUUACAGGACUGUCUACUUCAGCAAUAGCCACAAAUGGAUUUGUAAGAGGAGGAGGAGCAUAUUACUUAAUUUCCAGAAGUCUGGGGCCAGAGUUUGGUGGUGCCAUAGGUCUGAUUUUUGCAUUUGCCAAUGCUGUGGCCGUGGCAAUGUAUGUUGUUGGUUUUGCAGAGACGGUUGUCGAGCUACUCAAGGAAAAUGGAACAUUGAUGAUCGAUGAAAUGAAUGAUAUCAGAAUCAUAGGGGCUAUCACAGUGGUUAUACUGCUGGGCAUUUCCAUUGCAGGAAUGGAGUGGGAAGCAAAAGCACAGAUAGUCCUGCUGGUGAUCCUUAUACUUGCUAUUGGAGACUUUGUCAUAGGAACAUUUAUUCCUCUGGACAGCAAGAAGCCCAAAGGUUUCUUUGGUUAUAAUGCCGAAAUAUUCAUGGAGAAUUUUGGACCGGAUUUCCGACAAGAGGAAACUUUCUUUUCUGUGUUUGCUAUUUUCUUCCCUGCUGCAACUGGCAUACUUGCUGGUGCAAAUAUCUCGGGGGACCUUGCGGAUCCUCAGUCAGCCAUACCUAAAGGAACGCUGUUGGCCAUCUUAAUCACUACAUUGGUUUACGUAGGAAUUGCAGUGUCUGUAGGUUCCUGUGUAGUUAGAGAUGCCACAGGGAAUGUUAAUGACACCAUUGUCACUGAGCUGGCAAAUUGCACUUCUGCAGCCUGCAAACUAAACUAUGACUUCUCAUCCUGUCAGUCUCAGGCAGGGGCAGGGUGUCACUAUGGGCUGAUGAACAAUUUCCAGGUCAUGAGCAUGGUGUCAGGAUUUGCACCACUGAUUUCUGCAGGUAUUUUCUCAGCCACCCUGUCAUCUGCAUUAGCAUCUCUUGUGAGUGCCCCUAAGAUCUUCCAGGCUUUGUGCAAGGACAGCAUUUAUCCAGGAUUUCAGAUGUUUGCUAAAGGCUAUGGGAAGAACAAUGAACCACUGAGAGGAUAUAUUCUAACAUUUUUAAUUGCUCUUGGAUUCAUACUGAUCGCCGAACUGAAUGUCAUUGCUCCAAUUAUUUCUAAUUUCUUCUUGGCCUCAUAUGCCUUGAUUAACUUCUCUGUAUUCCAUGCUUCUCUAGCAAAAUCUCCAGGCUGGCGCCCUGCUUUCAAAUACUACAAUAUGUGGAUUUCUCUUAUUGGAGCUAUUCUGUGCUGCAUUGUAAUGUUUGUCAUUAAUUGGUGGGCAGCACUUCUAACCUAUGUCAUAGUCCUUGGGCUUUACAUCUAUGUCACCUACAAGAAACCAGAUGUGAACUGGGGAUCCUCAACUCAAGCCUUGACUUACCUGAAUGCACUGCAGCAUUCCAUUCGGCUCUCAGGAGUGGAAGAUCACGUGAAAAACUUCAGACCUCAGUGCUUAAUUAUGACAGGUGCUCCAAAUGCACGUCCAGCUUUGCUUCACCUCGUCCAUGCUUUCACCAAAAAUGUGGGCUUGAUGAUCUGUGGCCAUGUACAUAUGGGUCCUCGGAGGCAAGCCAUGAAGGAGCUGUCAACUGAUUUGGCUAAAUAUCAGCGAUGGCUAAUUAAAAACAAGAUGAAAGCUUUCUAUGCACCAGUGCAUGCAGAGGACUUGAGGGAUGGAGGACAAUACUUAAUGCAGGCUGCUGGUUUGGGUAGAAUGAGGCCUAACACCCUUGUUGUUGGAUUUAAGAAGAACUGGAGACAAGGUGAUAUGAGAGAUGUUGAAACCUAUAUCAAUUUAUUCCAUGAUGCCUUUGAUGUUCAGUAUGGUGUAGUUGUCAUUCGCCUCAAGGAGGGUCUGGACAUUUCUCACCUUCAGGGCCAAGAUUUGCUGUCUUCCCAAGAGAAGUCUCCCUGUGCCAAGGAUGUAAUAGUAAAAGUGGAUUACAGCAAGAAGUCUGAGACAGACACUUCCAUAGCUUUUGCUCCAUCAUCCAGUGAAAGAACUCCCACUCCACGCAAAGAGGAGGAUGACGAUGGAAAGACUCCAACACAACCACUGUUGAAUACAGAUUCAAAGAGCUCUCCUUUGAAUUUGGCUGACCAAAGACUCCUUGAUGCCAGUUCUCAGUUCCAGAAGAAACAAGGCAAGAGCAAUAUUGACGUCUGGUGGCUCUUUGAUGAUGGAGGUUUGACACUGUUGAUUCCUUACCUUAUCACAACCAAGAAGAAGUGGAAGGACUGCAAGAUCAGGGUGUUCAUUGGUGGAAAAAUAAACAGGAUUGAUCAUGACAGAAGAGCGAUGGCUACUUUGCUCAGCAAAUUUCGGAUAGACUUCUCAGAUAUUAUGGUCCUUGGGGAUAUUAAUACUAAGCCAAAGAAAGAAAAUAUUGCAGCUUUUGAGGAAAUGAUAGAGCCCUUCCGACUUCAUGAGGAUGAUAAAGAACAAGAAGUUGCAGAUAAAAUGAAGGAGGAUGAGCCAUGGAGGAUAACAGAUAAUGAGCUUGAGCUCUACAAAACAAAGACUUACCGACAGAUUAGGUUAAACGAGUUGCUGAAAGAACAUUCAAGUACAGCUAACAUAAUAGUCAUGAGCUUGCCAGUGGCACGGAAAGGGGCAGUUUCCAGUGCACUGUACAUGGCCUGGCUGGAAGUUCUCUCUAAAGACCUUCCACCAAUCCUCCUUGUUCGUGGGAAUCACCAGAGUGUCCUGACCUUCUAUUCCUAAGGGUGCUGCCUGUGGCACAGCUGUGAUGAAAUGGUACUGCAGUGCCCAGGGGAGAGUGACUGCCGUGGUCUCUAGUUCAUUAACAUCACAAAGGCAAAAAGUGACUCUUCUUUCACUACUUCACUGACUUGAAAGCACACAAGGAAAGUCACUGUAUUUCUAAAGUUGUGACAUCUUCAGUUUUAUUCUAUAUUUUCUGUAAUUUAAUCUUGCUUAAUGGGGGAGGAUUCCUUGUUAGACUGAAGAACAAGACAAGCUUUUUGUUUGCUAUUUGAAUAGCAGCAAUAAAAUGUUGUAUUUUUGAUCAAUGAAAGGAUUAUAGAUUUAUAAAAGCCUUUUAGCCUUGAGGUGCCUUCUGAAAUUAACCAAAUCUCACCCAUACAUCCUAUUUUGUAAAUUUAUAUAGAAUGUCAAAAUCUGCCUUCAACUAAGAAUUUCGAUCAGACUUCCUUUAGUUUUUAGUCUAUUCCAUAUUACAAUAAAAAUGAAUGCUGCUUUUCAGUCUUCCAUUGAGCUAUUAGUUCUUAGUACUGUA